AUGCACAGAUCGACAAAAAACUCGAAUGGUAAGGAGCCCGCUUCAGAGCCACCGUCCCCGCCCACUGGUGUGGAGUCGCCGAAUGGGUUGCACAUCCCGGAAGGCAAGGACGGGUUCUUCGGGUACAGCGAGGAGAGGACGUUGCAUCAGAUUGAGGAGAAAAAGUUCGCUCACCGUAGGGGCUCUGAGCUGCCCUCUCCUGCGAGGCCGAUGAAUAUUCUGCCUUCUCCACGCCCAAUGCCUGUAUCGCACAUAGAUGGGCUAUCUGAGCCAAACUCUCUUUCCGCAAGCUACAAUCUGGCGAGCCUCCCACAACCUUUCCUGAACGAUGAGUCUGUCUCGACCUCACACGCUGAUCUCUCUGCCAUGAAAGACGGGAUCAUCGCCUCAGAAUACACAUCCAUCAUUGAAUCCUUCCGCAAAUGUCUCGAAUUGCGCGACAAAUACAUGACAGUCUCGGGCCAGAUGCUCGGUUUCAACCCAAAAGACCACGACGGUUACUUUACUGGCCUAGAUAGCCGUGUUGCAGGCGUGUCCGGCGUGCGCCCGGACGUUGAUCUUCCCUCGACCGAGCCGCCACCGAGUCCCUACAAGCCCUGGCGCAUAUACCCACGUCCUCCGCCACCGCAUUGGCACUGGGCAGACAAGGGCGCGGUACACCGCCAACCAGGUGACUAUGAAGGGGAAGAGUUUGCUUUCGAUAACUGCGAGAUCCCUGGGCUGGACGAGAGGGGAUGGAACUUUGAGAUUGAUGAACGCGGGGUAUACCAAGUCUACGACACUUCUUCACAAGGUGAUUGUAGUCAAAAACAUAAUAUACACCCACCUGACCACGCAUUGUGGUCGAUAGCACAAGAGCGAGAGAAGAAGCCUGUCUUCGACAUCCCCACAAUCCGAGAGUACUUCAUAGACCUCGAGUACGUGUUAGGCGUCAUUUCAGACGGGCCUACCAAAAGCUUUGCUUUCCGCCGAUUGGGAUAUCUGUCCUCCAAGUUCACCAUGUACAGCCUUCUGAACGAGUUUCAGGAGCUGGCUGACAUUAAGAGAGUCCCCCAUCGCGACUUCUACAACGCGCGUAAGGUCGAUACUCACGUUCACCACUCAAGUAGCAUGAAUCAGAAGCAUCUGCUGCGCUUCAUCAAGCAUAAAAUGAAGCACAACGCUCAUGACAUUGUGAUCUUUCGUGAUGGCAAGAAGCUUACGCUCGAACAAGUAUUCCAGUCGCUCAACCUGACAGCUUACGACCUCUCGAUCGAUACACUCGAUAUGCACGCGCACCAGGACUCCUUCCACCGCUUCGACAAGUUUAACUUGAAGUACAACCCCAUCGGCGAGUCGCGUCUGCGAGAAAUCUUCCUCAAGACAGACAACCUCAUCCAGGGUAGAUACUUGGCUGAAUUGACCAAGGAGGUCAUAACAGAUCUCGAGCAGAGCAAGUAUCAGAACUGCGAAUGGCGUAUGAGCAUAUACGGCCGCUCACCUGAUGAGUGGGACAGGCUGGCCCGCUGGAUCGUGAACAACAAGCUUUUUUCGCACAAUGUGCGCUGGCUGGUGCAGGUGCCUCGUUUAUAUGACGUCUACAAGCAGAGCAGCUCUAUCAAGACCUUCGAGGAUAUCAUCAGGAACGUCUUCCUUCCUCUGUUUGAGGUGACUAAGGACCCCAGGACCCACCCAGAGCUGCAUGUUUUCCUGCAACGCGUCAUUGGCUUUGACAGUGUCGACGACGAGUCUAAGGCUGAGAGGCGCUUCCACAAGAAAUUCCCCUAUCCGAAGCUGUGGGACGCAAAGGAGUCGCCACCGUACUCCUACUGGGUCUAUUACAUGUUUGCCAACAUUACGAGUCUCAACCAGUGGCGUCGCACCAGGGGGUUCAACACCUUUGUCUUCCGGCCGCACUGUGGUGAGGCGGGAGACACAGAUCACCUGACGUCUGCGUUCCUGACUGCGCACUCCAUCUCGCACGGCAUCCUCUUGCGCAAAGUGCCUGCGCUUCAGUACCUCUUCUACCUGAAGCAGAUUGGCCUUGCAAUGAGCCCGCUCAGCAACAAUGCGCUGUUUCUUACUUACGAGAGGAAUCCACUGCCGGACUUUUUCAAGGUCGGGCUCAACGUCAGCCUUAGUACGGAUGAUCCGCUGCAGUUCCACUUCACCAAAGAGCCUUUGCUUGAGGAAUACAGCGUUGCUGCCCAUAUCUACAAAUUCCCUCAAAGUUCGCUUGCUGAGCUUGCACGGAACUCUGUCAUCCAGAGCGGCUUCGAGAUGGAGAUCAAGCGGCACUGGCUGGGCCAGAAGUGGUACCUACCCGGUGCCGCUGGCAACGACAUUCACAAAACGAACGUGCCGAAUAUUCGGCUCGAGUACCGACGCCAGACACUGCUGGAGGAACUGACGAUGGUCAACUCGGGCACUCUUCCCGUGCCCUCUAAGUGA